AUGUCUGUGUCAAUUGAAGAGCUCGAUGCCACCGUGCGCACCUUCUAUGAGGGUCGCGGGGAUAUUCAAAAACAAGCUCAGGCUACUUUGAAUCAGUUCAAAGAGAAUCCGGAUGCCUGGCUUCUAGUGGACAAGAUCCUGUCCGAUGCGCAGUACCCGCAGACAAAGUAUCUCGGGCUUCAAGUACUUGACAAUGUCAUCAUGACUAGAUGGAAGGUGCUUCCCCGCGACCAGUGUCAAGGGAUCCGAAACUUCAUCGUCAAUUUUAUCAUCCAGCUAUCCAACAACGAUGACAGUCGCCGCACAGAUCGCACCCUACUACACAAACUGAACCUCACACUCGUAUCCGUCCUCAAGCAGGAGUGGCCGCACCACUGGCCCACGUUCAUCAACGAGAUCAUCUCAUCUUGCCAUAGUAGCUUAGGGAUUUGCGAGAACAACAUGGUCAUCCUCCGAUUACUGUCCGAGGAAGUCUUUGACUACUCGGAGGAACAGAUGACAUCGGCGAAGCGGAAGGAGCUCAAACAAAGCAUGUGUGAUGAGUUCACUUCGAUUUACCAACUCUGCUCUGAGGUGCUGCGGACCGCGACCGAAGCUUCCCUCAUCAAAGCGACGCUGGAGACACUACUCCGCUUCCUCAACUGGAUCCCUUUGGGCUACAUCUUCGAGACCCCGCCCAGUGGCCAGAGCUUGAUCGAGACGCUACGCAGCCGCUUCCUCGAAGUGCCGGACUUCCGCAACAUCACGCUCAAGUGUCUCACUGAGAUCGCAGGUCUGCACACAGAACCUGCUUACGACGAUAAGCUCGUACAGAUGUUCACAGAGACUCUGACCGCCAUCUCGAAAAUCAUCCCCCUGUCGUUAGAUCUGAAGAGCACAUACUCCUCGAGCAACAGUCGGGAUCAGGAAUUCGUGCUCAAUCUCGCACUCUUCCUUACCAACUUUUUCACCAUGCAUCUGAACGUCAUCGAAAAUUUAAUGAACAGGGACUUCUUGACCCAUGGCCACUUCUAUCUCAUUCGAAUAAGUCAGAUCGAUGACCGCGAAAUCUUCAAGAUCUGUUUGGAAUAUUGGACAAAGCUCGUAUCCGAGCUCUAUGAUGAGAUGCAGGCACUUCCCAUUACGGAUCUGAACCCCCUCUUGAACAUGAACAUUCCCGGCAACGGUGCACGAGAGCUCGCAAAUUAUCCUUUGCGAAAGAACAAAUACACCGAGAUCUUGUCGAAUCUACGCACAGUGAUGAUCGAGAAGAUGGUCCGGCCCGAGGAAGUGCUCAUUGUGGAGAACGAUGAGGGCGAAAUUGUGCGCGAAUUUGUCAAAGAGAGCGACACCAUUCAACUCUACAAGUCUACUCGAGAAUGUCUGGUCUUCCUUACACACUUGGAUGUCAAUGACACUGAGCAAAUCAUGUCUGAGAAGCUGGCACGUCAAGUUGACGGAACUGAGUGGUCAUGGGCGAAUUGCAAUACCCUUUGCUGGGCUAUUGGAUCCAUCUCCGGUGCUAUGAACGAAGAGACCGAGAAGCGCUUCUUGGUCACUGUGAUUAAAGAUUUACUAGGUCUGACCGAGAUGAAGCGUGGGAAAGACAACAAGGCCGUUGUCGCCAGUAACAUCAUGUACAUUGUCGGGCAAUAUCCUCGAUUCCUCAAGGCUCAUUGGAAGUUUUUGAAGACUGUAGUCAAUAAGCUCUUCGAGUUCAUGCAUGAAACCCACGAGGGUGUUCAGGACAUGGCAUGCGACACUUUCAUCAAGAUUGCGAACAAGUGUAGACGGCAUUUCGUCGCGUUACAGCCAGGGGAGACGGAGCCUUUCAUCGACGAAAUAGUGCGCAACUUGAGAAAGAUCACCGCUGACCUCACGCCUCAACAAAUUCACACUUUUUAUGAGGCUUGCGGUUACAUGAUCAGUGCUCAGGGGCAAAAGGGAAUGCAGGAGCGGCUGAUAAAUGAUCUCAUGGCGCUACCCAACUCGGCUUGGGACAAUAUCAUUGCUCAAGCCAAUCAGAACCCGGCAUGUCUUCAAGAUGCGGAGGUCAUCAAGAUCGUGGGCAACAUCAUGAAGACGAAUGUUGCAGCAUGUGGCUCGAUCGGAUCAUACUUCUACCCCCAAAUUGGACGGAUAUACUUCGACAUGUUGACAAUGUAUCGUGCGAGCUCACAGCUUAUUGACGAGGCGGUUCAGCGGGAUGGAAACAUUGCUACUAAGAUGCCUAAAGUGCGCGGUCUGCGUACGAUUAAGAAGGAAAUCCUCAAGCUCAUCAACACCUACGUUGAGAAGGCUGAUGACCUCGAGAUGAUUCACAACAAUAUCGUUCCAAAGCUAUUGGAGGCUGUCCUCAUCGACUACAAGAAUAACGUUCCAGAUGCCCGUGAAGCAGAAGUACUGAACGUCAUGACCACGAUCAUCAACAAGCUACAUAGCAUGAUGGAAGACCAGAUAAUCAACAUCAUGGACAGUGUUUUCGAGUGCACACUAGAUAUGAUCAACAAGGACUUCUCCGAGUAUCCCGAACACCGUGUGGAAUUCUUCAAGCUCUUACGAACGAUCAACCUCCGCUGCUUCCCGGCACUACUACGACUGGAUGCGCGCUCAUUCAAGUUCGUCAUCGAUUCGUGCAUGUGGGCCAGUAAGCACGAUAACCGGGAAGUCGAGAGUGCUGGUCUGUCCAUGUGCUUCGAACUCGUGUCCAAUAUGGCCGACACGGACCCGCAGACUUGCAACACAUUCUUCCAAACCUUCUUCACGACUAUUCUUCAAGAUGUGUUCUUCGUCGUCACCGAUAGCGAUCAUAAAGCUGGAUUCAAGGCGCAGUCCAUGUUGCUCGCGAAGAUGUUUUGGCUAGUCGACUCAGACAAGCUGCAGGGCCCGAUCUACACAUCUCCUGACAUGGCGCCAGCAGGAACGUCCAAUCGCGAAUUCCUGCGCAAUUUCGUUGGCAACCUCCUGGCCACUGCUUUCCCCAACCUUCAGACUGCGCAAAUUGCCUCUUUCAUCGAUGGCCUGUUCGCCACCAACUCUGAUCUCAACCGAUUCAAGGUUAUUCUCAGAGACUUCCUCAUCUCGUUGAAGGAAUUUUCAGGCGACAACGCCGAGUUGUUUGCAGAAGAGCGUGAGCAGGCGGCCAAGACGGCCAAAGAGCAAGAACGAGAACGAGCGAUGAAGGUCGGUGGACUGCUGAAGCCGUCAGAGAUGGACGAUGACGAGCUGUGA